AUGACAGGCAAAGUAGAAAGGCCCACGGACCAGAAGUUUCUCAGUAACUUCUAUGAAUUGGCUGAUUUUAAUCCCAACAAGCGUCUUCGAGCUGCUGAAAAUCUUCUAAAGGAUGCGGUAAGAUUUUUUCCUCUUGCUAAUUUUUAUGAUUGUUGAAACGCCAUUAUGUUUGUAGGAACUGGAAAAGUACAAAGUAUACGUGCUGGACAGACUUCUGAAAGGAUUGGCGUCGGGAAAGACUGCUGCGCGGUUUGGAUUUUCUGCGUUUCUUACAGUUUUUGUGGACCAAGUGAAGGGCUUUGAGUUUGAUGAGAUGAAAAAAAAGAUUGGUGAACUUCUGCCGUUUACCGAUGAGAAGGUAAGUCUUGUUGGUCUGUGGUUAUUUCUUUUUAGGACGUCGAAAAUGCUGUCGGGCGUCAUUUUGCUUACACCUCCUUGGAGAACAGUGAGCUUUUUGAAAGCAAUUUGAAGGAAAUAACACAGCACCAUCUAGAGCUUCUUAAGUUGGCUCCUUAUCUCGCAUUUUCUGUUGUUGACGCCAUUACAUCCAAAGCUAAAUCAUUGGAGGAAUCUAGAUUCAAAAAGUUGAUUUAUCCUUCUGUAAAGGGUUCCUUGAAUGUGGAAUUGGAAAAAAUCAGCUUGGAAGGACUCUUAUUUUUGAUCAGCUUUAGUCAGAUUUUCCCAGUAAGUUACAUGAAAUAUCCUAUUUGUUUCUUUAGGAUACCAUCAAAGAGACAAAAAGUUUCCUAAACAAGAAAGUGGCUCUUCGCCCGAUCGUCUACGAGAGGAUUUUGGAGUUGUUGAAGUUGAUGGAUGUCUCCCAUAAGUCUUAUUUCUGCAAAGAAUUGCUAAUUUUUUCUAAGAAAUUCGAUCGUUUUGAGUCGGUUUUGAAUGAAGUUGUCUUGAAAUUUGUUUUGGAUGGAGAUGAAUGCAAAAGCUCGGAAAGAUAUUUUAUAUUGUGCAAGGAACUGUUUGGUGUAGAAGAAUUUGGAUCGUCUGAGGUAAAUACAUCUUGUUGUUACAUUUUUUUGAACAUUUAAAACUUACUUAUUUUUUAGCUUAGUACAAUAUUAUCGACAAAUUUCCUCCUGAAAUGCCGUAAAUACAGCCACCGAACAGAGCCGUCCUACAGAGGUCAUCAUCUUCUCAUUUCCGAAGCAUUGGAAGCCUUUAAACAAAGGACCGAGCAAGGUGUCUUUUCUAGUUCCGAUAUUCUUGUUAUGAUCGAAAGAAUUGAUAAUGUCGAGAGCGGGGAUUUUGAUACGAAAGUGGGCGCGUCCGUGAGAAUCACUGAGGUCUUGGUGUCCAAACUCGAUGGACACGAUCUCGAAGGCUUUGCGAAGAGGGUGAGUACCCCCGAAGUGAUAUAAAUAGCUUACUUUUUUAGGUAUCAAUUGCUGAGAGUUGGUCUUACAAACGUCUCAUUCCAGCAUUUGGCGGUGCUGAGUCUUCUGUCAAAAAGAGUAUCCUGAAGUCCUUUUUGUGUGUCCAUGAAAGAUCCAUUCAAAGAUUUAACGUCGGAUGUUCUUUGUUGGAACAGAUAUUCAAAAUUAAGAAACAUAUUCAUGUCAGUGCGAAAGAAGAAGAUACGCAGAUUAUUUUGGAUGUAACUGAUUCGAAAGCUGAGGGAAUCAAAGAAAAGUAGGUCUAUAUAAUUUAACAUCAUUUCGUUAGGUCCUUGUUGUUCAUGGCAGCUUCUUUGAAAUACCUCGGGAAGAUCGCAGAAUCAGAUGAGAUUGCUACUGAAUACUUAAACGAUGCUCGGGAAGUUGUGUUGUUGGCUAAAUCACUCAAGAACAAGACCGCUUUAAUGGAUAUUUUCUUCUCUAUCGUUUCGCGUGUCAACAGGAUUCACAAGAUUUUGGUUUGCUAUUCGAUUGGACAACUGGGGGAGGUUUUGGACUAUGAGUGUAGUGAUUUCAUUAUUAAUGUAUGUACGGAAACACGAUUUUUAUACAUAUUUAGACCAUUGGAAAAGGAGCAAACGAAUUGGAGGGAGAUUCGGAUGAUGAUGAUGACAGAGACUUCAAGCCAAUUACCGAAGAAGAAAGGCAACAAGUUUUAGAUAAGUGGGCAAAAGAGGAGGAAGAAGAUGAAACUGAUGGGAGUGAAGAGGAAGAUGACGAGGAUGAGGAGGAAGAAAUUGAUGAGACAUUGGUUUCUGAUAUGAAGAAAGCGCUUGGAAAGUAUGCUUUUACGGGGGAGAGCGACGAAGAUAUUGUAGGUUCAUUCAUGUUUUUUAUUAUUCUUUAGGAAAUGGAUGAUGCGGAGAUUGAAGACUUGGACAAGGCAUUGGGAGCCGCUCUUAAAAAGAAUUCCAAGAAAGGAAGGAGGGAAUCCGACGAGAAUCUGAGCGUGUUCAGAAACAAAUGCUUCGAUAUUCUCAUCGUCUUCUUCACAAAUGCCAAGCCUGAUGUGAUUGUAAAGUCUAUGACAGCGUUAGCAGAACUUAUUACUACUUUUGACACUCCGGAGGAUGAGAAGUUACUUCCAAAGAUUGAGGGUGUUCUUGAGGCAGUCCACGGUCGUAAGAAGGAAGUUGCGGAUUCAGAAGUCGUGGAAGAAGUUUGGAAACAAAUUAUUGAAGAGUGCGUAGCCAAUGUGAGAUCAGUCAAAGGAAGACGACUUCUGGGAGAUAUCUUCUCUCUUUUGGUGGGUCCUUUUGUAAUGUUAAUAAUAUUUUUAGUUGACGUUUGCUGCUGACCAUCAAAAACUAUCUCUUCCUGAAACAAUAAGAACCCGGGUUUUCGAAUUAGUUGAAGCUAAAGCCGAAGAAGAAUCUGCAGAUGUAAAAGCAACCCUCCAAGAGAUCUUGGAGAUUAUUCUGUCCAAAUACCCGGCAUACUUGGUCGAUGUAUUCCCUCGUAUUGCAGAAUUAUUGGUUAAACAAACCCCAGAGAAAUCUGUAAGUAUAAAGAGUUUUACUAGAAACUGGCAAUUAUCUUAGGCCGACUUACUGAAACUAAUUACGUUUGCUUGUCGCAAAGAUGUGUUGAAGAUGGAUGAAGGAUGCCAUGGAUUGAAACUCAUUUCCACAGUGAUCCCAACUUUAGAGAAAUUUUAUUCAGAUCUGUCUUUGUUGAAGGUUAACGUCUUCUCUAAAACUGUUGUGUUUCUCUACAAAUUCUUGGUUUCAGCUACGGAAAAACAAAAGGUAAGAGUUAAGACGAGGAUAACUUUCAGUUUUAGGAGAAACUGAAGAAAUCAGGACUAAAAAAAGUGGCCAAUUCCGAGGAUUUCAAGGCAAGAGCCAUCAAAUUGAACCGAGAUAUCCAGCAAGAGUGCAGGUGCAAGGUCUCUGUCUGCAUUCAACGUUUGGAAAGCGCCCUAAAUUGA